GCAAGAUGGGCCUUCUGUGGACACCACUCUCCCUUCUUCUCCUCUUGCUCAGGGAGCCUGCCUGUUUGAGGACUGAGGACCAACCCAGCUGUCCAGAACCCAGGCAACUGGAAGCCAGCAAAAUUGUCGUCCUGCCCAGCUGUCCCGGAGCCCCAGGAAGUCCUGGGGAGAAAGGAAGUCCAGGUCCUCAAGGGCACCCUGGACCACCGGGCAAGAUGGGCCCCAAGGGUGAGUCAGGAGACCCAGCGAACCUGCUCCGGUGCGGGGAAGGCCCCAGGAGCUGCCAGGAGCUGCUGCGCCAGGGUGCCACCCUGAGUGGCUGGUACCAUCUGUGCCUACCAGAAGGCAGAGCCCUCCCAGUUUUUUGUGACAUGGACACCCGAGGGGGUGGAUGGCUGAGGCGACAGGAUGGUUCUGUGGAUUUUUUCCGCUCUUGGUCCUCCUACAAAGCAGGUUUCGGGAGUCAGGAGUCCGAAUUCUGGCUGGGUAAUGAGAAUUUGCACCAGCUGACUCUCCAGGGUACCUGGGAGCUUUGCGUGGAGCUGGAGGACUUUAAUGGCAACCACACCUUUGCCCACUACAAGUCCUUCCGCCUCCUUGGGGAGGCGGACCACUACCAGCUGGUGCUGGGCAAGUUCUUAGAGGGCACUGCAGGGGACUCCCUGAGCUAUCACAAUGGGAAGUCUUUCAGCACCUACGAUGCUGACCAUGAUGCAAACAGCGGGGGCAACUGCGCGGUGGUGGUCCACGGUGCGUGGUGGUACGGAUCCUGCUACCGGUCCAAUCUCAACGGGCACUAUGCCAUGUCCCUCACCGCUGCCCACAAGUACGGCAUUGACUGGGCCUCGGGCCUCGGCGUGGGCCACCCGUACCGCAGGGUCCGCAUCAUGCUUCGCUAGGGCACGCUGGCAGCCAGAGCCCUUAUCUCUGCUGCACAGCUUCCGGACCCUCGGCUCCCCCUCCCCAUCGCUAACUGCCUCUGUUCUGCUGUCCGCUUUUAAAAAUAAAAUCAUUUUAACCCUU